AUGGCAACCAUAGAAGAAAUUGCACAUCAAAUUAUUGAACAACAGAUGGGAGAGGUUGUUACAGAGCAGCAAACUGGCCAAAAAAUCCAGAUUGUGACAGCACUUGAUCAUAACACACAAGGCAAGCAGUUCAUUCUGACAAAUCAUGAUGUCUCUGCUCCAAGCAAAGUCAUUCUGGCCAGGCAAGAUUCCACACCUGGGAAAGUUUUUCUCACAACUCCUGAUGCAGCAGGUGUCAACCAGUUAUUUUUUACAACUCCUGAUCUGUCUGCACAACACCUCCAGUUCUUAACAGAUAAUUCUUCUUCAGACCAAGGACCAAAUAAGAUUUUUGAUCUUUGCGUAGUAUGUGGAGACAAAGCAUCAGGGCGUCAUUAUGGAGCAGUAACUUGUGAAGGCUGCAAAGGAUUUUUUAAAAGAAGUAUCCGAAAAAAUUUAGUUUACUCAUGUCGAGGAUCUAAGGACUGUAUUAUCAAUAAACACCAUCGAAACCGCUGUCAAUAUUGCAGGUUACAGAGAUGUAUUGCGUUUGGAAUGAAACAAGACUCUGUACAGUGUGAAAGGAAACCUAUUGAAGUAUCAAGAGAAAAAUCUACCAACUGUGCCGCUUCAACAGAAAAAAUCUACAUCCGAAAAGACCUUCGAAGCCCAUUAGCUGCAACUCCAACUUUUGUAACAGAUAGUGAAACUGCAAGGUCAGCAGGACUGUUAGACUCAGGAAUGUUUGUGAAUAUUCAUUCGUCUGGAAUAAAAACUGAGUCCUCAACGCUGAUGACACCAGAUAAGGCUGAUUCAUGUCAAGGAGAUUUAAGUACAUUGGCCAGUGUGGUUACAUCUUUAGCAAAUCUUGGAAAAACUAAAGAUCUUUUUCAAAAUAGUAAUAAAAUGUCUGUGACUGAAGGAUUAAGUAAUGGUGAUACCUCUUUGUGUGAAUUUAAUCAAGAAAUUCAUACCAAUGGUGAUGUUUCAAGGGCAUUUGACACUCUUGCAAAAGCAUUGAAUCCCGGAGAGAGCACAGCCUGUCAGAGCUCAGUAGAGGGCAUGGAAGGAAACGUACACCUAAUUGCUGGAGACUCGAGUAUAAAUUACAUCGAAAAAGAGGGGCCACUUCUCAGCGAUUCACAUGUAGCUUUCAGGCUCACAAUGCCUUCUCCUAUGCCUGAGUACCUGAAUGUACACUACAUCGGGGAGUCUGCCUCCAGACUGCUGUUCUUAUCGAUGCACUGGGCACUUUCUAUUCCUUCCUUCCAGGCUUUGGGGCAGGAAAACAGCAUAUCUUUGGUGAAAGCUUAUUGGAAUGAACUUUUCACUCUUGGUCUUGCCCAGUGCUGGCAAGUAAUGAAUGUGGCAACUAUAUUAGCAACAUUUGUCAAUUGCCUUCACAGUAGCCUUCAACAAGAUAAAAUGUCAACAGAAAGAAGAAAAUUAUUGAUGGAGCACAUCUUCAAACUUCAAGAGUUUUGCAACAGCAUGGUUAAACUCUGCGUUGAUGGCUAUGAAUAUGCCUACCUAAAAGCAAUAGUACUCUUCAGUCCAGACCAUCCAGGCCUAGAAAACAUGGAACAGAUUGAGAAAUUUCAGGAAAAGGCUUAUGUGGAAUUUCAAGAUUAUAUAACCAGAACAUAUCCAGAUGACACCUACAGGUUGUCCAGACUCCUACUCAGAUUGCCAGCUUUGAGGUUGAUGAAUGCUACCAUCACUGAAGAAUUGUUUUUCAAAGGUCUCAUUGGCAAUGUACGAAUUGACAGUGUUAUCCCACAUAUUUUAAAAAUGGAACCUGCAGAUUAUAACUCACAAAUAAUUGGUCACAGCAUAUGA